AUGGUGUCUGGUUUUUGUCUUGACUUAAGAGAGAAAAGGACUUACACAAAUGAAUUCAGUUCCGAGUGCCAGUUGCCAUCGAAUAUUUCUUCUUCUGCUCAAAUGGAAGUUCAAAAAAUUUGGAUACAACAAUCUUCAGUUUUUGAAGCACCUCUGAAUAUGGAACCUUCAAAAGCUAGAGAUGCUACACUAAGUUGCUUUGCUGCAUAUGUGGCGUGUAUAGUGUGUGCUUACUUUAUGUUGUUUGAGAAUAAAAGAGAAGUAACUCCUAGGGAACCAACCGAGUUGAGAGAUUCAUUGAGAAAUGCUUAUAUCUACCGGUUGUUCUAUGGCGGCAGAACAUUUACAUAUGACUACUUAAGAAUGGAUAGAGGUCCAUUUUUUAACCUUGUUCGCAUGUUACGAAAGUCUAGACUUCUUAAAGAUACCAUAUAUGUUUCCAUCGAGGAGCAAGUUGCUAUGUUUUUACACAUAGUAGGGCAUAAUGCAAAAAAUAGGGUUGUUGGUAUAAACUUCGUACGUUCAGGCGAAACUAUUAGUAGGUACUUCAAUGAAGUCCUCGUGGCAAUAUUAAAACUGAGACCAUUACUAAUGAAGCAAGCGAGUGGUGAGGUAUCCGAUGAGAUUCGUUGUAGAUCAACUUGGUACCCUUGGUUUGAGAACUGUAUUGGUAUGAUUGAUGGAACACACAUUGCUGCGUCUGUCCCUGAUAAUAUAGUUGCUCGAUUUCAUGGUCGUAAAGAUGGUCCCACACAAAAUGUGCUUGGAGUUGUUACACCUAAUAAGCUAUUUUGUUAUGUCAUGGCUGGAUGGGAAGGGUCCGCUAAUGACUUUACAGUUUUGAGGGAUGCAUUAUCUAUGCCUCCUCCAAAGGGAUUGCGUUUGAUAAAAGGUACUAAAAUGUACUUCGUCCUUUGAGAUACAACUUCAAUCAAGGAUUGGUGGUACUUGGUGAUCUCUUCUUGUUGGAGCACUUAGAGUACUCUGCUUAAGGACCUCGAGUUCUUGGAUGAUACUGUCACAUUGGUUACCAAAGCAUUCUCUUACCCCUUGAGUUUGGCAAUAUAUCAUAAGAAUACUCUCCCGGAAACUCAGCUGGUGCUGUAGAGUUUCGAUCCAUUGCACAAAAGCUUCUGUGUUCAUUCUACCUGCAAGAGAAAAGGAAAAUAUUUCUUUGAUAAUUCUCUGAAUAGAUAAACUAAAUAAACCCAUUAAAAAAAUAUCAGAAUGAAAUGCUUCUACUAUGGUAUAAGCGCGAUGAUACCGUUGCUCUAUUGGGAGAGCUUCUAGUAAGGAAAAAUAUUGAUGUAGUGUAAUAUACCACAUCAUUUAUACCACCUAGUUGCUGAAAUAGGAAUAAUGCUGCCCCCACGCUAACAACUGCAGUUUGGAAAAUUAGUCACAAAUAUUACCAUGCCUAUAUAAAUGACCUGAAAAACCAGAAAGAAUAUACGUUGUUUCCUUUUCCAUUUGUUUAGUUUGUGUAUGUGUCUGUGCUUUAUCCAUUCCUCCAUCGUUUUCUUUUUCUUCAACUCGUGAUGUGAGCGUUCUAACUUUUAAGCACAGCAAUGCUUGAGGCAUGUGGUGUGUUAUAAUACUUUCAUUUCUAUUUCUAUUUCAAUUUCAAUGACAAUCCAAACAAGAAUAAAAUAGAAACAACAUGUAUUAAUUACUUCCUAGUAAUAUUUCCAAAUAUUAUCCAAACAAAAAAAGUAAAUGAAGAGGAAGAAGUUCUACUUCCAUUACUUCUAAAAAUAAAUAAAACAAACAAAAAAAAUACUAUUUCCGCUACUUCCUACUUCAUAGUUUUGGAAGUUACUUCCCUAAUCUAUUUCUUACUUCCAAUACUUCUAUUAUCCAAA